AUGCAGGUGCCACGCUCGAACAAACUCCUACAGCUGACCAAUACCGCCACGGGGCUUCCAACUCUGGCCGAUGCCAUGGACCCGUCCAACUUUCCCUUUAUCGAGUCGGCCAGGUUGGCCAAACCGAUGAACUGGGGCAUUAUCAAGCUGAGAAAUAUUCCGUUUUCUUCCACCCGUGCCGAAGUGAUUGCCUUCCUCGGCCGCAACUCCAAGGUUCUAAACGACACGGACGAAGGUGUACACAUCAUCAUGGACAAGGUGACGAGCAAGACUAUGGACGCCUAUGUCGAGUUUGUAUCGCUUGAAGAUGCCAUGCGGGCGGUUGACAGACACCGAGCGAAUGUUGCAGCCGGUCGAUACAGCCGCCUUGGCGAUCGUCCCAUUGAAGUGGAGGUGACUUCUCAAGCCAAUCUCAUGAGGGAUCUCUUCCCGAUCGCUCGCGGCGUCUUUUGGAAUGGUGUCACUCCCGAGAUUAUGCCUUUCAAUCCCAGCCAGCCUUGGGAAAACUUCAAAGGUUUCAUCUCCGAGGAGGAGAUGAUUAUGCUUGUCAAACACGUCGAGGUGCCUCAUCGAUCUCUCUUCUCUCGUGAUUGCCCGCAGCGCCCCUAUGAGUGCUUGAUCAGCACCAUCAAGAAGUUUCCGUGGUUCUUGACCGACUGUGUGACGAUCAAAGAACGAGAGGCCAUCUACCAAGCUACCAUUGCGCUCAUUCGUCAACUUACUCGAAGCAUUCUUUUCCACGAAGAUGCCGCGCACUUGACUCCUUUCUUGCUCCGGCGUCUUGUUCAAGCAGCCAUGCUCUGCCCUGGCUUCACACCAUGCAUGAAGGAUGGCAUCGCCUGGAUCACUAACAUGCAGGCUCUAGAUCAGGAGUACUAUCAGCUGCCACGUUUCGCGGACCGUUGGCGCCAUCAGUAUGCUAUCGGCCCAAAGCCUGGAUUCCCUCUUGACAUUGUUGAGUGGUACGUUGCGAUUAUCCGUGAGCAAACUCACAAGGACAUUCUCCUCCUUCCUCUUCGAGAGCGUGUUGAGCUUCAAGAGCGUGCCGAGCAGACAGACAUGUACUGGGGCUAUUUCUGGGCUGAAGUAGGAUACAUUAUGGGUCCGCCGUUUGACGACAUGAGCUUGGCACAGGCGGCUCAUAUGGAGCUUUCGGCCGUGGAGCGUAUCCUCUCGCGUGCCUUUGGUCAAUUCUAA